AUGGAUGAUAGACCCAGAACUAGCGCUAUCGCACUCACUUAUGCACCAGGACGCACAAGGAAGGUCAUAUCAAGGAUGACAACGGCCCAUCAUUGGCUAUUGGAGUCGAACAAGCUUUGUAGGCUUUAGUAUUCCUUGCACUUGCAUUAGAGCUGUCUCCCCGCAUGUACUAUGAGUCUAUGAUAAGCCAUAUCGCCUCCUCCACACAGAAUGCAGAAGGUUUCAUGUUAUCGUGUCGACUCUAUCAAGAUAAGAAGCAUAAAUAUGAACUAUAUUUUAUAUGUGAUUGUCACUUGUAGGUAUAUGGUUCGCAAUAGCAUCGAAGUCCACUUUUCCGCACCGCAUCAAAUUCGUUAGUUGAGAACAAUAGUAUCUUCCAUAUUUAUCGACGAUAAAUUCAUGAUGGAAGAGACAAUACUAGCUCGGAUAACUCGUCCGAGGGUUUCUAGCUCUUCAUGGAUAGUAUCAGUUCUACUUGUCCUAUGUUCAUGUAUCACAUCAACCACAUUUGGAUAUGACGGAUCGAUGAUGUUGGUAUUUUUGGCAGAGGUCUUAUACCAAUACAGUGUCUGUGAUAGCUGACCAUCAAUAGGAAUGGACUCAAUAUCUUGCCCAGCUAUACUGAUUACUUCAAUCUGAAUACCGCCACUCUAUCUCUCAACACAGCCGCGCUCUGGAUCGGUGGCGCCGUUGCUGGUCUAACUUAUGGCCAAGUAACUGAUAAGAUCGGACGCAGAUAUGCAUUAUUUUGGGCGGCCAUUGGAACAUUUUUGUCCGUCGUCCUUCAGACAGCUGCGCAGAAUACUGCGAUGUUUGUGAUAGCUAGAAUUUUGGUCGGAUACGGAACUUCCGCCUCCACCCUUACUGGACCGACGUAUGUUGCUGAGACACUUCCAUAUAAUUGGAGAGCCUGGGGAUUGGGAGUGUUGAACGAUUGUUAUUAUGUCGGUAUGGAUUUUCAUUACCCUCAGCUGAUUCACACAUCUGACAUGCAGCAGGAGGUUUGAUUGCAGCUGGUGUGACAUACAGAACAGCUUCUUACAGCUCGACCUGGGCAUGGAGAGUCCCUUCUUUAGUCCAAGGCAUCUUCAGCGUCCUUUGUAUUGCCAUCUUACCGUUCAUCCCUGAAUCACCCCGAUGGUUAGCCUAUGUUGGACGUACAGAAGAGGCAUUGAUGGUUGUGGCUCAGACUCAUGCGAAUGGCGAUACGUCGAAUCCUGUUGUAUUAGCGCAAUAUCAAGAGAUCAUCGACACGAUAGAGUACGAGAGAAAUGUUGGCGAGACUCUGAGCCUGAAGCAGAUGGUCAAAACACCAGUUGCAAGGAAAAGGGUAUCCCUAGCGAUCUCGGCCGCGGUAAUUUCUACCAUUUCAGGUAGGUAAUUAGUUCUGUACUUGGAUAUAGUAUUGACCUUUCUAGGCAAUGUAAUUGCGAGUUACUAUUUAGGAACAAUGCUUGACAAUGCCGGUAUUAGUGACGCCACGACGCAGCUCGAAAUUGUGAGUUUUCAAGCCACACAAGUCCAUGGGUUAUGGCUGAACCUCAAUAGAAUAUAAUCCUGAAUGCUUGGUGUCUUUGUUGCGCCUUGUUCGGAACAUACUAUGCUGAUAUUCUUGGCCGACGUGCGGCUGCAAUUAUUAGUACAUCACUUCUCACUAUUUUUCUCUUUAUCGUCGGUGCUCUAACUAAAGGUAUGCGCUCCACCAUUUGAUUCUGCUCCCUAUAUUGUUGACAUGUUGAAAAGUGUAUGGAACAUCAAAGAACAAGUCUGGUGUGUACGGCACGGUCGCUGCAAUUUUCCUCUUCCAAGGAGCCUACUCUUUUGGCUGGACACCACUGCUUUAUCUGUAUCCACCCGAGGUGCUCAAUUAUUCCAUCAGAGCCAACGGAAUGGGUCUCUUCACCUUUGUUCUUAACGGUGUUGCACUUCUCAUUGUGUUUUCCUUUCCAUUUGCGCAAGAAGCCAUGGGCUGGAAGAUAUAUAUGAUGAAUGGCGCAUGGGAUGUAUUGGAGGUAGGAUUAAUCUGGAAAUACUGGGUAGAAACACGAGGAAAGACACUCGAGGAGAUUGACGAGAUGUUUGAAGGUAUCAAACAUUCCGACGUACCUGAUUUGAAAGAUGUGGUGGAAGUAAAUGUGAAACCUGGGGACGAUGUUCCAGAAAGAAUUGAGAUUGUCCCCUCAAGAAAAAGUGUUUGAAAUGAAGUGAAUAGAAAAGCAGUUGGAAGGAUGAAGAAAUAUAUAUUCUCUAAGAGUGUUAAUGUUCAAACUCAU